AUGCCAGAGAGGAGUGACAAGAAGGAAGAGCACUAUGAAGAUGGGCGGCACUGCUCCAUGGGAACAAUCAGGCCCCAAACAAAGAGGCAGUUCACCAGCCCUGGGCUAGAAACCGGCCUCACCUAUUAUGAGCACAACCACAGGAUCAGCUUGGGCAGCCAAACCGUGGGCAAUGACUUCCUACAAGCUUCUAUUUAUUGUCACAUUGCUAUGGUGCACGUCCCCUCAGCAUCCAUGGAAUUGCGCGGGGUGGGACACCUAAUGGGGAAAAAGAGCACGGAUGAGUUCCGGUCCCUGGGCGUGUCUGAGGGAGAUGGCCUGAAGGAGCAGCUGAGGGAGUACAUCCGAUGGGAAGAAGCUGCAAGCAAUUUGCUGGGCGUCCUAGAAGCCUUGGGGAACAGAAGCCAUCAGCCACCUCAGCACCAGCCUACUUGGGAUUCUGAGGAUGGCAGCUACUCUAGUGAUGUUCAACAUGCGAAGUUGGUAGACUCUCUGCUCCAGGUUCUCAAGGGGAAGGAAGGAACCUACAGCUGAAGGGACAACGACAAAGACAGCUUCCAAGGAGCAAAACAAAACCCUUCAGAGACUUCACUCCUAACAUCCAUUCUCCUGGACCAUCAACUGGAUUUUCUUUGUGCAAUUUACUUAGUGAUUCUUGUAUCUUUCAGCUGUGACUAAACUCAUGAUUUUCAAGCAUCAUCUUCUGGUUUGAACUUGUUUCUGUGAACAACUGCCUAGAAAGCUUUCCAAUGAAUGCUUUUUCUGGCUAGGCUUUUUGUUGAUUGGAUUCAGGCCUCCAA